AUGGAUACAAAGGUCGUGGUGAACGAUAUCUUACCUAGCGCAUCACCGUUGACUGGUAAAGAAACCAUCUACAUAAGUGAGGCAUUAACCAUAUACAAUAAGACCUUACUUGGAAAUGCCAGAAGAGAACUUAAAAACAGCGGAGUAUACAAAUAUGUGUGGUGCAAGAAUGGAGUUAUUAGAGCAAGAAAAAGUGAAAAAGAUCAAUCGUUCAUAAUUAGAACUGAUGAUGACAUCAAAGCCUUACUACAAAAGAAAGUCCAUGUACAGUCGCAAUAA